AUGGCAGAAGGAGGUAAUCAAACAACAGCUUCUUCCUCGUCUAUGGUCGAUGGUGUCAGUAAAGAAUAUCUUGCCAGUUUAAUUGAAAUGGGUAUUGAUGAAGCAGCUGCUCGACAGGCCUUAACAAUCGUCCAUAAUCGAAGUUUAGAAGAGGCUUUAGCUAUUAUUUUUGGUGAACCUUUACCAUCAGCAAGCAGCACAACUACCAAAGAACAAGCGGUUCAAGUGUCUCAAUCCAAUAUCACUGUCGACGACGAUAUUGGUGUAAACGUUGCCACAUACAAAAUGUUAUUUGUUGUUAAUGGUUCCUUAGACAUGAGUUCGGGUAAAAUGGCCUCACAAGUUGCGCAUGCUGCAAUUGAUUUGUAUCAAAAAUUAAUUGAAAAACGUUCAAAAGCUUUAUUCCAUUGGCAAGAAUAUGGUGAAACAAAAAUUGUUGUUCGUGGCAAAUCAACUGACGAACUGCUUGAUAUUUUAUCUGGUGCAAAAAAGAACUCAUCUAUAACAACAUCAGUUGUUGAAGAUGCUGGUCGAACGGAAAUAGAAAGCGGUUCGAUUACAUGUGUUGGUUUAUUUGGUACAAAUGAACAAUUAAAACCAAUUACAGGUCAUUUAAAAUUAAUGCAAGACUGUUUAAAAUGUAAUGGGAAAUAA